AUGGCGGCUACACCCAUGUUGCCACCAAACUUAGGACCUGGAGAUGGUAAUGCUCCAGCAGCUCCGCUUCCACCAGGGACAGACAUGACCGGAAUAUGCUUCAGGGAUCAAUUGUGGCUGAACACAUACCCACUUGACCGCAAUCUUGUCUUUGAUUACUUUGCACUUUCUCCUUUCUAUGAUUACACAUGCAACAAUGAACAACUCAGGAUGCGCUCAAUUCAUCCUUUAGACAUCUCUCAUCUUUCUAAAAUGACAGGAAUUGAGUUCAUGGUGAGUGAAGUUAUGGAGCCCCACCUAUUUGUGAUGCGUAAGCAGAAGAGAGAUGGUCCUGAAAAAGUCACUCCAAUGCUUACAUACUAUGUGCUCGAUGGUUCAAUAUACCAAGCACCACAACUUUGCAAUGUCUUUGCAGCCCGAGUUGGGAGAGCUUUGUAUCAUAUAUCAAAGGCUUUUACUACUGCAGCCUCAAAGUUGGAGAAGAUUGGGCAUGACUCGGAGAAUGAGAAUGUGUCCCUUGAACCGAAGGCUGCUAAGGAGACUAUUGACUUUAAGGAAGUCAAACGAGUAGAUCACAUUCUCGCCUCGUUGCAACGCAAGCUUCCACCCGCCCCUCAACCGCCUCCAUUCCCGGAGGGUUACACACCGCCAUCAACUGCAGAAGGAGACCAAGGCCCCCCUGAAACCGACCAACCAGACCCCAAACUUCCUCUCGUGGACCCCAUCCUUGACCAAGGUCCCUCCAAGCGACAAAAAUACGCUUAA